AUGGAUUACAAUGUUAAUCUUCGAGAUCAAAUUAGAAGAGCUUACUUGCAAAGAGGUCUGUGUCAGCCUCGAAAUCAUACAUUUCCACGUAAAAAAUCAAGACGAUUCAUUCCAGUUUGGUUCAAUGAAUUUGGUGAUUGGUUGGAAUAUAGUAUAAGUAAAGAUGCUGUAUUUUGCCUAUAUUGUUAUCUUUUUAAAACAAAUAAUGGGGAACAAGGAGGUGGUGAUUCUUUUAUGAAAGAAGGGUUCAGUAAUUUUAAAAAGAAAGAUAGACUUCAAGUUCAUGUUGGAGAUGUUAAUAGUGCACACAAUCAAACUGAAAGUAAAUGUGAAGCCUUAAUGAAUCAAGAGCAAAAUAUUGAGACAGUUUUUUUCAGGCAGUCAGAACAAACACAGUGUGAUUAUCGAAUUCGUCUGAAUGCAUCAAUUGAUUGUGUUCGAUUUCUUCUAUGGCAAGGACUAGCAUUUCGUGGUCAUGACGAGUCUAUAGAUUCAAAUAAUCAAGGUAAUUUUCUUGAACAAUUGCAAUUUCUAGCCAAUCAUAAUAAGGAGAUUGAGGCUGUUACUUUGAAAAAUGCUCCUAAAAAUCUCAAGUUAACAUCACCUGAUGUUCAGAAGGAUAUUAUAAGAGCUGCUGCUAUUGAAAUGAUCGAUCUCAUCAUAAAAGAUGUUGGUGAUGCAUUCUUUUCAAUUCUAAUUGAUGAAUUUCGAGAUAUCUCAGUAAAGGAACACAUGUCUACUAUUUUGCGUUAUGUGAAUAAAACAGGACAUGUAGUUGAACGGUUUAUUGGGAUUGAACAUGUUUUCAGUACUACUACCCUAUCACUUAAGGUUACUAUAGAUAAAUUAUUUUCCAGAUAUGGGUUGAGUAUAUCUAGAUUGCGGGGGCAAGGUUAUGAUGGGGCUAGCAACAUGCAAGAUCAGUUUAAUGGUCUCAAAACACUUAUUUUGAAAGAGAACCCGUGUGCUUUCUAUGUUCAUUGUUUUGCUCAUCAACUUCAAUUGACACUUGUAGCUGUAGCAAAGAAGCAUGUGCAAGUUACUUCGCUCUUUAAUUUGGUUUCUAGAGUGGUGAAUAUUGUUGGAACCUCAUUGAAACAUUGUGAUCUUUUGCGAGAGAAACAAGAAGCCAUAAUUUUUGAAGCACUUCAUAAUUGUGAGAUUUCAAGUGGUCGGAGUCUUAAUCAACAAAUUGAUGUUCUUGAAAUGAUUGUUGAUGAUGGAUCUAUUGAACAAAAAUGUGAGGCAGAUGAUUUAUUGGACUCAAUACAGUCAUUUGAAUUUACAUUUACGCUACAUCUCAUGAGAACCAUCUUAGCGAUUUCAAAUGAAUUGUCCCAAGCAUUACAAAUGAAAGAUCAAGAUAUUGGAAAUGCCAUUACGUUAGUGAAAAUAUGCAAACAAAGACUCCAAGUGAUGAGGGAUAAUGAGUGGGAUUUGUUUUUGAAAGAAGUUGUUUCUUUUUGUGAAAAGCAAAAUAUUAAUGUUCCCAACAUGGAUGGUGUUUUUAUACGCCGAGGUCGCUCACGGCGUAACACUAAAGAAAUGACAAAUUUACAUCACUUUCGUGUGGACUUGUUCUAUGCUAUCAUUGAUAUGCAAUUUCAAGAAUUGAAUGACCGUUUUUCUGAUUUUGAAGAAUUACAAGGACUUAGUGAACUUGCACAGAAGUUGGUUGAGACGAAAAAAAAUAUAGUGUACUCAUUAGUUUACAAGCUUGUGACUUUGGCAUUAACUCUUCCGAUUGCUACUGCUACAGUUGAAAGAGUAUCUUCUGCAAUGAACAUUGUGAAGAAUCGAUUGCGUAAUAGAAUUGGAGACUAA